AUGGCUCCACUCGGCUACGACGAUAAACCAGAAGAGAUUUAUCAAUAUGACUUGGACGAUUGGACCAUCAUUUGCCGCUAUUGUCUCAAAAACAUAUCGGCAACGAGACCUCCCGUUUACAAAAAGGUCAACUGUGAUUGCUCAGAGCUUGGCAUCCAUGCUGCUGGACCAAACUCGACCACGCAGAUGUUGGAGCCAAAGACUACUGUUUAUGGUCAACCUGCUUAUACAUAUCAAAUUUCAGUCCCGGGAUAUGCCUGUUCAUGUACCCAAACUUCAAUUUCACAUGAAGAGCCUCUUGUUCAUGAUAUAAGCAACAACUCCCAAGACCUCAACAUCAACUGGAACAAUGGGUACCUCAAGAACAAUACAAGGAUUACACAAAACCAACCAUACUCUGUUCAAAGUUACUCAUGGCCUCUCCAUGCCUGGUUGAAAGAAACUGAGUCUUCUUAUACUCUUUCAUCUACAAUUCGAAAUUGUCCUCGUGUUUGCAAAACUUCAUCUAUGAAGGCCAAGAAUGGAAGCAAGCGAGGGAACUUUAGUCUCCACAGCUCUGGGAGUGGUAUAGAGUCUGGAUUGAAGGGAUGGGAUCCUGAUGCAUUCACCGAAGUGGGAGCUUGGGUUAGUGAAAAUACCGAGAUGCAAACGAACACCCAUUAG